AUGCCAGCGGCCGCCACUUUGAAGUCUUUGAAUGUAUGCGCAAACUGCAAGGCUCGCAAGAAACGAUGUGACAAGUCUCUGCCGCGCUGUCGCUACUGUGCUGAGUAUCAUGCUGCUUCUACUCCAACCGAGGGUUCUGCCCUUGCAUCCGCAGCCAGUCAUCAGUCCCAAAGCGGCGUCUGGAAAAACGCUAGCGCUCUACAAGCUAAUAACCCUGUCAGUGCAUCAACACAAUUACUUUUCGACAGCCUCACAUACAGCGCGCACAUUCCAGGCGGGGCUCCAGUCUCAACGAUCGAGUUCACAAUAUGCGUCCAGGCUCAGCGGUUACUCGAAACUACCGGGCUUUAUCUUGAUGAAAUCAGUGUCCGAUACUUCCAGGGUGUUCAUACAUUCGUACCAAUUAUCUCCCGACGGCGAUUCCACGCCCAACUGCUUUCUUUUGGGACCAAUCUCCAGGCUGACUUCGCCUUACUCGUUCUAUGCAUAGCAUUACUUGUCUCCUCCGCAGACUCUUUCGAUCUCCUGGGGCCGCAAGGGGGCCACCGUGUCGAACAUAUGACGCUCUACGUUGCCGCUAAAUCCCUUAUGGCCCAGGCACAAGCACUCCACGCGCCCACAACCAGCCUUGUUCAAGCUGGCGUGUUGCUAGCGGUUUACGAGUAUGCCCAUGGUCAUCCGGAGCAAGCUUUCGUGACGAUCGGAAGCUAUGCGCGGAUGGCGUAUGCAGCCCAGCUACGAUCCACCCCUACUCUGACCAGAAAUUCUCCGCCGCAGGCUGAUUGGACCAUAGAAGAAGAGGAAAUUAAUACCUGGUGGGGAAUCCGGAUAUGUGAGCGAGCGUUCCUUUGUGAAUUAGCGACUUUGGAUCAGCCAUUGGGCUCCGUUAUACCCGCCCAGGAUGAUUGUCUACCGCUCGAUCCCACCAUUUUAGACCAGAGGAAUCCUGCAGUGGCGCUCGCAUCUCGCAUCGCGAUCAAGGCCCUGAACUCUCCCGGGGUUGGCGGCUUCGGGCGCAGCGCUCAAGCGGCAUGGCUCCUGGAUGGAGUGCUGCUGGGUUUAUCUAUGACGGAUCCGGACCAGAAACACGCAUAUUUAAGUGAAUGUGACCGAAAACUGCAGUCCUUUCUGGCUGUCUUGAUGCAGCAGCAUGGGGGCAACUAUGGAAUUUUCUGUGUCCCAAUCGCUCUAACGAUCCGGUCUGUCCCUCCCCAAUAUUCUGAUUUUGUCGCUCAAAAUAACCGAUCUAAUUUGACGGGAACGCAUAGUGCAUUGUUUCUUCUUCAUUGGCACCUCCUCGGCUCACACGGUCGAGACUUCCCGAGGGCCUAUGACUCGAGCAAUAGUUCCCACCAGGCCCUGGAUACAAUUACGAAAAUGGUCAUUGACAUUGCCGCCACGCACGAAAACCUCCCCUUCAGUCAAAUCGAUCACUUUCCCCCCAGCUGUCUGUAUAUUAAUCGAGCAGCGCUGAAACAUAUCUAUGAGUAUCAGUCAGUGACCGCGGAUCAUCGGCUGCAAACUUCGCUCAGUCAAUUCGAAGCGCGUUGGGGCGCAUCGCCAAGUGUGCCUGGAAGAUCCCAGGCGUUUCAGGCAUAA